AUGACAGAGGUGAAGGGAGUGUCGGCAUCUCGAGGCGGCGCGACCACAGCUCUUGUGCAACGGUCGCACCCUCCUCGUGUCUCGCUGGAAGAGUCCCUAAGCAAGGAAAGCGCUAAGAAGAAGACAGCCUGCCCUCGUGGGGAGGAGUGGCCGCGCGUGCUGGUGACGGUGGGAAGCACUUCGUUUGACGGUUUGGUGGCUGCUACGGAGUCGGCUGCCUUUUUAGAUGCGCUGCGGUGUAUUGGCAGGGUGGCGUUAACUGUGCAGGUGGGGCGCGGGAAGAAGCUUCCCUUCGGCAUUUCUUCAGAGUGCGCAGAGCUGAAUGCUGAUGGGGUGUACGCAAAUCUGGACGGGUUUGCCAGUGUGCGGGUGGUGCGUUUCCUACCUUCUCUGUCUCGCCUGCUGCCCGACUUCGACUUAAUCAUUUCGCAUUGUGGGGCCGCUACGCUACUAGAGGCACUGAGGGCUUCCCGCCGGGUGGUGGCUUGCGUUAACCCUUCUCUCCUCCACAACCAUCAACUGGAGCUAGCUGUCCAGCUAGCCAAGGAACAGCAUUGCGUGGCGCUGGAUUGCCUCGUAGACCUCCCGAGAAAGACGCUCGAAGCCUGGAGGCGUCCUCUACUCGGUGCCCCACAAACCCCACCACCAUCAGCAGCAGCAGGGGCAAGAACAACCGGGGACAGGGAUAUUCUCAAGAAGCCCUUGCUGCCGCUGCCUCCUCCUAAUCGUGGCCGAUUUGUUGCAAUGAUAGAGGAGGAGGUGACGGAGGACAUGGACCUGAAGGCCCGCAGAGCUCUCUCUGUAGUGUCUCCUUCGCAUAAAUCCUGUCUCCCGCUUGCCUCUCUAGCCAACCCCAGCAGUGCUGCUGCAUCCGCUAGCAGCACCGGCAGCGGCACCAGUUCUUUGCUGCACAUUGAGCCAGUUGCCAACAGCAGCAGCAGCAGCAGCAGUAGAGUGCUGUUGCAGCAAAGGGACUCUCUCAUUUCUGUCUUUGAUCUACAAGCAGAGAAGUUUACGGGGUCGUUCAGAACUGGGGCCUUUUCCUUCUGCAAGUGCGCAGCUCCGCGACGCUGCAGCAGCAGCGUUGGUAGCAGCAGCAGCAGCAGCUUUAGUCUAGAGUGUUUGGCAGCUCCUGUAGGGGAGUUGGAGAGUGCGGGUCUGUUCGACUUGCGGGCACUGGGGCCUUGUAAGGAUACGAAGGGAAUUGUGUUACCGGCUGUAGAGUUCCGUCUGAAGAGAAACAGUGCGACCGAGGCUCUGUUUAGGUGCCUUCUGCAGGAACAACAGCAACAGCAACUGCAGCAACAACACCAGCAGCAGUUACAGCUGCCGUCGGACUUGUCGAGUUGUGGGACUUUGCAGUGUGUAGGUUUCGUCUCCUCUUCGCCGCUGUUGCUGACUGCGUACGAGCUACCGGUUGUAGCUCUGUGGGAUAUGCGCAGCAGCAGAGUCCCUCUUUCCUUGAUGCUGCUUCCACCCUCAGACUCCCCUCCUGCUCACCUCACUGUAGCCGGAAGCCGCGUCUGGGUAGCAUGCAUUGAAGGGCCCCUCUCCCUCCAGCGCGUCGCCCGCAGCAGAAGACGGAAAACGGAUGCAUCAGCUGCAGUAGCAAUGGCAACGGUGGCAGGACGCAGGAAGGAAAGAGAGAAAGAAGCAGGAGAAAGCAACGCAAACAGCAUAUGCAGCGACGGGAGUGUGUCUCUCGUGCCACUGGCGCAGGUUCGUUCCUUUGGAACCACCAGCAGCAGCAAGGGGAAUGCUUCGCUGGAUGCCUUCGAGGGGAGACACCCGCACGUUGCGUCUCUCGCUGUUCGAGCGGACGGCUUGGUGGGUGCAUGCGGCAUGUCAUAUGGGGCUGUUGAGCUGUUCGAAGGAAAGGGAUUAAGGACCCUGGGGGCCCUCAAAGCACACAAUUCCCCUGUUGCUGCUGUUACCUGGUGCGUCAGCACAGGGUACCUCGGGUCUGCUGACAAAGAGGGCGUUGUAUACCUCUGGAGUGUAUACACAGACACCUACCAAAGCCCAAGUUGCAGCGAGAGUAGUUCACUGUAG